GUGAGAGCCAAUGCUGCUCAACGCGGCGCUGCGCAACAAGGCGCGCGCAGGCGGCGGCAGCUCGUCGCAGGCCUCGAGCGGCGGCAAGAAGCAGCGCUCGAUCCACGACUUCUUCUCGCAGUCGUCGGCCGGCAGCCGGCGCGGCAGCAGUGGCGGCGGCAAGCAGGUGCGCAAGGCGCGGCGGUCGCUGGAGGCGUCGGCCAAGGGCAGCAGCUUCAGCGCCGCCGCGGCCGAGGACAUGGACGUGGAGGACGAACCCGUGCCUGCCGUGCAGAAGCGCAUCGACUACGACGUGAUGGACGACGAGAGCAGCGAGGAGCCCAUGCUGCUGGCCUCGCAGGGCAGCGAGCGCGGGCUGCGGCCCAAGCCCAAGAAGAUCGACUUCACGGCCUGCUCCAGCCAGCGCAGCGAGCCCGACUGGGAGCCUGCCAACACGCACACGCCCGUGCGCUUCGGCCUGCCGCCCACGAGCCAGGGCAGCUACACGCCGGGCAUGGCCACGCCCAUGCAACAGCAGUGCAGCCAGGACGACAUGGACUUCCUCACGCCCCGAGACCAGCCCGUGAUCCCGCUGUCCAACCCGACGACGCCCUCGCCGCUCAAGAAGAGGCCGAGACUCAGCAGCGGAGCCGACGUGGUACAGGAGGAGCAGGUGCAGAACCUCACGCAGGACAUGACGCACAUGGACGUGAGGCACGCGCGGAGAGGCCCGCCGUCCUUUUCCAGUCAGUCGUCCAUGGGCUCGAGCUCCCCGCAGACGGCAAGGAAGGUGAACGUGGUGGUGACUGCCAAGAGAGCAAGACCCAAUGGAGAGCAAGCCACGUCGUUUCUGUCGGAGGAGAGCUACGUGAACCCGUUUGCGCCGGAGCCGACGUCGGAAUCGGGCAAGAAGAAGAUUUCUCGACGCAAGCGACGGUCGUUCCCCGCUGCGUGGAUUGGUGCCAAGAACGGAUCGCCCGUUUCCAAGUAUCUGUCGGAUUUCUCAGAGCUUGGGUUGAUCGGCUCGGGGUCGUUUUCCAAGGUGUACAAGUGUGUCAAGAAGAUCGAUGGCUGGGUGUACGCGGUGAAGAAAAGCAAGCGACACUUCCGCGGCAAAGCGGACACCGAGCGAGCCCUACGCGAAGUGCAAGCACUGGCAGCGCUGAGUGGUAGUAAUCACAUCGUCCGGUAUUUUGACGCCUGGAUAGAAGACGAUCUGCUCUACAUUCAGCUCGAAAACUUAGAGGGCUGCUCGUUGGCUGGGUUCGUCAACAAAUACGCGCCGCGCAAGGUCCCGGAAGAGACGUUGUGUAAACUUCUUUGCCAUCUUGCUCAGGCCCUUUAUGAUAUGCAUAGCAAGAAGAUCGUUCACAUGGACGUCAAACUUCAAAAUGUUUUGGUCGGACCGGGGGAAGUUUACAAGCUCGGUGAUUUGGGAACUGUUGCUCACCUUGAUGGCAGUAUGGAAAUUACGGAGGGUGACAAUCGAUAUCUUAGUCGGGAACUGCUCGAGGGCAACCGGAAUAAUCUGCGCGCCGGUGACAUCUUCGCCCUGGGAGCCACGAUUUAUGAGCUUGCGCUCGGAACGACGCUGGCGAGUGGCGGCGAGGAGUGGCAGAAGAUCCGCGACGGAGACCUCGUCAUGUUCCGACAAUACUCCAACUCGCUGCAGCACCUGAUCGCCAGCAUGAUGCACCCGGACGCGCUGCAGCGGCCUCUCGCCGAGGACAUCCUGCAGCAUGAGGUGGUGCUGCCCUUCCGUUGA